GGUGCCGCGGGAGAGCUGUUGACGCCAACAUGGCGGUGUCCGGUAGCGGCGCGUUCUUUCGCUUCGAGUUUUGGCCGGGGCGGGGGUCUGGGCUUUAGGCAGGUAGUAUUUAGUUUCACAAUGUUUGGGGACCUGUUUGAAGAGGAUUAUUCCAGUGUGUCAAAUGAUCAUUAUGGAAAAGGGAGGAAAUUAAAGACCAAAGCUUUGGAGCUACCUGCUCCUAGAGGAUUCACCAAUUUAAGUGGAAUCAGAAAUCAGGGUGGAACCUGUUACCUCAAUUCCCUUCUUCAGACUCUUCAUUUCACACCUGAAUUCAGAGAAGCUUUAUUUUCUCUUGGCCCGGAAGAACUUGGUUCGUUAGAGGAUAAGGAUAAACCUGACGCAAAGGUCCGAAUCAUACCUUUGCAGUUACAGCGGUUGUUUGCACAGCUUCUGCUCUUAGACCAGGAAGCUGCGUCCACCGCAGACCUCACUGACAGCUUUGGGUGGACCAGUGAUGAGGAAAUGAGGCAACAUGAUGUACAGGAACUGAAUCGAAUUCUCUUUAGUGCUUUGGAAACUUCUUUAGUUGGGACCUCCGGCCAUGACCUCAUCAAUCGUCUAUAUCACGGAACCAUUGUUAACCAGAUUGUUUGUAAAGAAUGUAAGAAUGUCAGUGAAAAGCAGGAAGACUUCUUAGAUCUCACAGUAGCGGUCAGAAAUGUAUCAGGUUUGGGAGAUGCACUCUGGGACAUGUAUGUGGAAGAGGAAGUUUUUGACUCUGACAACUUGUACCACUGCGGGACUUGUGACAGGCUGGUUAAAGCAGCAAAGUCGGCCAAAUUGCGUAAGCUGCCUCCCUUUCUCACUUUUUCAUUAUUAAGAUUUAAUUUUGAUUUUGUGAAGUGUGAACGAUACAAGGAAACAAGCUGUUAUACGUUCCCUCUCCGGAUCAAUCUCAAGCCAUUUUGUGAACAGAGUGAAUUAGAUGACUUGGAAUAUAUGUAUGACCUCUUCUCAGUUAUUAUACACAAAGGUGGUUGCUACGGAGGACAUUAUCAUGUGUAUAUUAAAGAUGUCGAUCAUUUGGGAAACUGGCAGUUUCAAGAGGACAAAAGUAAUCCAGAUGUGAAUUUGGAAGAUCUUCAAAAUGAAGAAGAGAUUGAUGAUCCAUUGAUGAUUCUAAAAGCAGUCUUAUUACAGGAGGAGAGUAAUCUAAUUCCUGUUGAUCAGCUGGGCCAGAAACUCUUGAAAAAGAUAGGAAUAUCUUGGAAUAAGAAGUACAGAAAACAGUAUGGACCACUGCGAAAGUUUUUACAGCUUCAUUCUCAGAUAUUUCUGCUCAGUUCAGAUGAAAGUACAGUUAGUCUAUUGAAGGACUGUUCUCUCCAGGCUGAGUCUGAUAUACGAGGAAAUGAUCCACAACUUUUGAAGACACUUACUUCAGAGCCCCCAGGAUUAAAUGAUAGACCCUUCUGUCCCCACUGGUUUGAUAUAAACGAUUCCAGAGUCCAGCCAAUCAAGGAAAAGGAUAUUGAACAGCAAUUUCAGGGUAAAGAAAGUGCCUACAUGUUGUUUUAUCGGAAAUCCCAGUUGCAGAGACCCCCUGAAGCUCGAGCUAACCCAAGAUACAGGGUUCCAUGUCAUUUGCUGAAUGAAAUGGACGCAGCCAACAUCGAACUACACGUAAAAAGGGCAGAAUGUGAUUCUACAAACAAUAAUUUUGAAUUGCAUCUCCACCUCGGCCCUCAUUAUCAUUUCUUCAAUGGGGCUCUGCACCCAGUAGUCUCUCAAACAGAAAGCAUGUGGGAUUUGACCUUUGAUAAAAGAAAAACUUUAGGAGAUCUCCGACAAUCAAUAUUUCAGCUGUUAGAAUUUUGGGAAGGAGAUAUGGUUCUUAGUGUUGCAAAGUUUGUACCAGCAGGACUUCAUGUUUACCAGACACUUGAUGGAGAUCACCUGACACUGUGUGAAAUUGAAAUUGCUGAUGGGGAAGACAUCUUUGUAUGGAAUGGGGUGGAGGUUGGCGGAAUCCAGAUUCCAGCUGGUAGUGACUGUGAACCUCUGCUUUUAAACGUUCUUCAUCCGGCAACAAGCAAUGAAGAAGAGGAGUGUCAGCAGUUGAUAGACUCUCCACAUGUCUUUCCAUCUAAUGCAGAAAUAGGUAGUGUAUUCACAGCCUUUGCAAUCCCAGACGGAGUCAUCUUAGUCAACAAUACUGAGUCUGUAGGUGAAGAGAGCUGGACCACCAUUCCCAAGGAAGACUUGAAGAAGACAUUCAGAGAACAAGGUCUCAGAAACGGAAGCUCGAUUUUAAUUCAGGAUUCUAAUGACGGUAACAGUUUGUUGACCAAACAAGGGAAAUGGAUCACCAGUGUGAAUGAGAUUGACUGGCUCCAAGUUAAAAAUUUAUGCCAAUUAGACUCUGAAGAAGAGCAAGUUAAAAUAUCAGCAACUCUUAACACAGUGGUGUUUGAUAUUCGAAUUAAAGCCAUAAAGGAAUUAAAAUUAAUGAAGGAACUAGCCGAGGACAGCUGUUUGAGGCCUAUUGAUAGAAACGGGAAGCUUCUUUGUCCAGUGCCAGACAAUUAUACUCUGAAGGAAGCAGAAUUGAAGAUGGGGAGUUCAUUGGGACUGUGUCCUGGAAAAGCACCAACUUCCUCUCAGCUGUUCCUGUUUUUCGCUGUGGGAAGCGAUGUUCAGCCUGGGACAGAGAUGGAGAUCAUAGUAGAAGAAACAAUAUCUGUGAGAGAUUGUUUAAAGGUAAUGCUGGAGAAAUCUGGCCUAUCAGGAGACGCAUGGCAUUUACGAAAAAUGGAUUGGUGCUAUGAAGCUGGGGAGGCCUUAUGUGAAGAAGAUGCAGCACUGAAAGAGCUUAUGCUCUGUUCCGGAGACACUUUGCUUUUAAUUGAAGGAAAACUUCCUCCUCUGGGUUUCCUGAAGGUGCCCAUCUGGUGGUACCAGCCACGGGGUCCCUUGCAUUGCUGGAAGAGUCAUCAGGACCAGACAGACUGUACCUUUUCUCAGGGCGGCGUCUGGAGAGCUGAUUCCAUCCAAGAUGCUCCCAGUGACGCGCAUGCAGAAGUUUCCCUCCGCUACUUGGGAGACGUUGCAAUCUCAGAAGACGCUGCCGUGGGGGAGCUGAAGUCUCAGGCCAUGACCUUGCCCUCCUUCUCGGAGUUUUCCAUCCCAUCGCCCGCCUUCCUUAGAGCCUGGACGGUGGAAAGUAAGCGCCCCGGCAGGCUCUUACGAGCCCAUUAUCAGCAGCUCAGGGAGUAUAAAUUGGGACAGAGAACUGAGAUCUGCUUAGAGCCCCUUCAGAAAGAAGAAAACUUGGGCCCCCAGCAUGUGCUGCUGAGGACACAGAUGCGCCUCCCUGGCAAGAGGGCAUAUGCCUUGCCCGUGGACUUGGUGUGGGACACUGCCCGAGGCUGGACGGCUGGCUCCCUGAGGCACCAAGUGGCCGAUUUCUAUUCUCUUCCUGUGGAGAAAAUUGAAAUUGCCAAAUACCUUCCUGAAAAGUUUGAGUGGCUUCCAGUACCUAGCUGGAACCAGCAAAUUACCAAGAGGAAAAAGAAGAAAAAGCAAGAUAAUUUGCAGGGGGCACCUUAUCACUUGAAAGAUGGAGAUACUAUUGGCAUUAAGAAUCUCCUGGUUGAAGAUGAUGAUGAUUUCAGUACAGUCAGAGAUGACAUUGGAAGAGAAAAACAGAAAGAGUUCGCUCUGGGGAAAAAGAAAAGCCAGGAAGCCCUUCGUGUGCAGAGCGGCGACGUCCCCUCUGGUGCAGAGACGCCCGCCCGCCCCCGUGGACCAGAAGCUUCUCUCUCCAUCCACGUUGGGAGCUUCAGAUAGCACAGGGCCUCCACGCUCCUGCUGCAGGUCCUGGCCCGUUUCCUGCUUUCUGCCCGGUGCGGACACGGACUCAAGGCCCUGCUUUGUCACGAGCAAAGGGGGCGCUCCACCGCAGGCCAGGCGAGUGCGCUUGUCACCCGGCUCCGUGGCGCGUCCCCCCGGGCUGGCACGGACCUGGCCGCGCCACAGAUGCCAACCGGCCGACACCCUCGCGCCACCCUCGAGCCCCGCCACCAUCUUUAUACAGAAAUCGACUAGUUCUGCAUUAACUGCAGGCAUGGGUGACGUGGCACGUGGCGCAUCCCUGCACACCUGACCUCUGAAGUACACCCGCCCCACUCUCUCUCUCACGCUGUUCAGGUGACUCCUUUGGUAUCUGUAGCCGCCCAGGCUCUGACAGCUCGGCUCACAGCGAUGGGCUGGCCAGGCUCACGCCGUGACAUAAACAGGAGUCUGCUUUCUGGUCCCCAAACGGCACGUUUCCCCUUUGGUCUGAGUUAGAACUGGUUCUGAAGCGUUACCUCCCUUUCCGGGAUGAGGAGACCGACGGGGCAUCCUCUGAGGUCGGGUGCCGCUGGAGAGGGGGCAGCAUGAGGUGGGGUCCGGCCCGUGCUGUCUGUGGUCAGAACAUUCCCGCCGGGGCCUCUUCCUUCUGGGAGCCUGAUGGGGAGGCAGGGUCCUGGCAGCCAAGCCUGGAAAGGGCUGAGGGGAUAGUCCGGAGGAGCCUUGAUUAAAAUGGGAAAAAAAGAAAUUGUGAACCGAGUCUUCUUAAUGCGGCAUAGCUGGCUAUCACAUUUAAAAGAUGUGAGUGGUAUUUACGACAGAUACGUUGCGUCUGUGUUACUGAGCUGAGUGACUUAGGACACCGGGGUGAUUCACUUUCUCAAGCUAACUCAGUCGGAAGCAGGAAUUCCUGAGAAGAUAAAAUAAAUUCUUUACUUUCUUAUACCUCAGUGAUGCUUCAUAGCGACUCUCUUGCUAAGUACGGUUAUCUUCUUGAUUUCACAGUUUUUCAUCAGCCUUUUUACCACUGAUGCUAUUAAAAUAGCUCUUAAAUGUAAGGGAUGGAAAGGAAAUGGCAAAUGGGGACCAGGUCGCGGCCCGCACCACCGGCUUAAGGAAUCGAGUGAACGUUGCUCCAGCCAUGCUGCUCUCCCACAAAGCCUGACCGCGAGUGGAACGAACGGCCCUGCUCUUCCUUCCUCUGUCCUCCCUCCUUCCACACAGUGUCAACACCACCACUAGAAACUCUGGUCUCUGUGUGUGCGUCUGAAAUUGGUGGCUCGCGAAUUAUGUGCUAAUUUGUAUUGAAGCAGUCGUGUUUUAAGUUGGACUUCGGCGAGUGCUUCCGGCCUCUCAAACACUAACCCUGUCUCAGGAGACGCGCACGUGGGGUCCAGACUCUCCAGACGCACCUGGCGGGCAGUGACGAGGCCGAAGUGUAAGCUCCCUGACUGACCGCCGCUCUGUGUAGAGGCUGUUCUGUCCCUUUUCCCGUAGCUGACAGGGCUCCUUGGUGCGCCCCUUCAUUCCACUGUAAUAAGACAUUACUGCACUAACUGAAAAGCCUGGCUUCUGAGAAGCCAGCGGCCUCGCUGGGCGUCACCUACCACGACAGGCAGGGUCGAGGCGCGGCACGGUGUCCGCGGUGAGCGGCCGGGGCCUCGGGUGGUCUCUGCUUGUCGGCUUGCUCCCCUCCUUCCUUCCAGUUCGGGGAUGGAGUGGGGCUCAAGGGAGAGAGCUGUAAGAGUUUGUUAAAGAAAAAACAAACUGUUCAAUUUGUAA